CGUCGUCUUUUAUUGCUGCUUCAAAUAGUCGGGGGGAGCGCGACUCUGGAAGUCUCCAACUUUGUGCGUUGCUGUGGAACAGAUCAGAGCUGUGGCUCCGUGGAGCUCCGUGGAGCUCAUGGACGAGCGUGUUUGUUUACUGGAGAGCACAGAUUUGAAGAUUAGAGUCACUUACUUGAAGUAGUUCGGGAACAGAGAGGCAGGAGAGAGUGUGUGUGUGUUGAGGGUGGGCUGCGGCGUGAGCAGCAAUGGGCGAGAUUGAGGGAACUUACCGGUCGCUGCAGACACCUGGCACGCGUCUGGGCUCGCAGUUCAAUGCGGGCAUCAGUACCCUGGAGCCUGGGCAGAGCCUCAGCACUGCCAUGGGCGCAGGGGGCAAAGGCCAGAGCAAGGCCCUGCAGAUCCGUGUCCAAGGCCUGGACGAUGCUCAGGAGUUCUUCGAUCUCGAGUCUAAAGCGGUUGGGCAGACCCUCCUCUCUGAAGUGUUCCAGAGGAUCAACCUCAUCGAGAGCGAUUAUUUUGGUCUGGAGUUUCAGAACCUGCAGUUGAACUGGGUUUGGCUGGAGCCCACCAAACUCAUUGUGAAACAAGUACGACGACCAGUGAAUACACUGUUUCGGCUGUCAGUGAAGUUCUUCCCACCUGAUCCGGGUCAGCUUCAGGAGGAAUUCACCAGGUACCUGUUCUCCCUGCAAAUGAAGAGGGAUAUGAUGGAAGGCAGAAUGCACUGCACAGAAAACACAGCUGCCCUGCUGGCCUCCCAUCUGGUCCAGUCGGAGAUCGGAGACUAUGAUGAUGUCGCAGACAGGGAGUUUCUGAAGCUGAAUAAGCUGUUGCCACAUCAGGAACAUCUGCACGAGAAGAUUAUGGAGCUCCACCGCAGGCACCUGGGUCAGACACCAGCAGAGUCUGAUUUCCAGGUUUUGGAGAUUGCUCGUAAGCUGGAGAUGUAUGGAGUGCGCUUCCAUCCAGCAGCUGACCGAGAGGGCACCAAGAUCAACCUGUCAGUCGCUCACAUGGGCGUGCAGGUCUUCCAGGGCAUUACCAAGAUCAACACAUUCAACUGGUCCAAGAUUCGCAAACUGAGUUUUAAAAGGAAGAGAUUUUUAAUUAAGCUUCACCCAGAUGUUCAUGGUCCUCACAGGGACACAUUGGAGUUCCUGAUGGCCAGUCGAGAUCAGUGUAAGAUAUUCUGGAAGAGCUGUGUGGAACACCACUCUUUCUUCCGUCUGCUGGAUCAACCACAGCCCAAAACCAAAGCCAUCCUCUUCACCAGAGGAUCCUCCUUCAGAUACAGUGGGCGGACUCAAAAACAGCUGGUAGACUAUGUGAGGGACAGUGGAAUGAGAAGAACACCCUACCAAAGGAGGAACAGUAAGAUCCGCAUGUCAGCCCGAUCUUUGGCCACUGAUAUACCUAAGCAGAGUCUGUCCUUCAAUGACAGCCUCAGGACAUCUGCUUCUCCCUCCUCUGCCACCGUGUCUUUCCACUCUCUGCAAGUCCCUAAUUCUUCUAUGCGGAUGGAGGCCCCAAGCCAGCCUCAGUUCCAGCAGAGUCACCCUCAGUUCCAGCAGAGCCAGCAGUCUCAGCAGCCUGCGAGACCCCCCAGCCCCAUGAAGGAGGAGCCCGUCAAGACCAACCUCCCAACUAACUACAUCUUCCCAGGUCCUGCGAUAGACAGCCCCCAGCUGUCUCCCUUUGGCUCCAAAAGUGCCCUGUGUCUCUCACCCUCCUUCCAGAUGUCCACCCUCAGCCUGCCUGGCCAGGCUCCCUCACCCCUGCAGAGCCCCAGCCUGAAUGAGGUGGGCACUGCCAGGCUAGAGGUGGAGGAGGAGGUCAGGAGGAAGAGGUAUCCAACCGAUAAGGCCUACUUCAUUGCCAAAGAGAUUCUGAUGACUGAGAGGACCUACCUAAAAGACCUGGAGGUCAUAACAGUGUGGUUCCGCAGUGCAGUUAUUAAAGAGAACGCCAUGCCCGAGGGCCUGAUGACCCUGCUCUUCUCCAACAUUGACCCAAUCUAUGAGUUUCACAGAGGCUUCCUCAAAGAGAUUGACCAGAGGCUGGCUCUCUGGGAGGGGCGCUCUAAUGCUCAUGUGAAGGGAGAUUGCCAGAGAAUUGGAGAUGUUAUGCUAAGGAAUAUGUGUGCCCUAAAGGAGUUCACCAGCUACCUGCAGAAGCACGAUGAGGUGCUGACAGAGCUGGAGAAGGCCACAAAAUGCGUGAAGAAGUUGGAGACGGUGUAUAAGGAGUUUGAGCUGCAGAAGGUUUGCUACCUGCCCCUCAACACUUUCCUGCUCAAACCCAUCCAGAGACUCAUGCACUACAAGCUGAUUCUGGAGCGCCUGUGUAAACAUUAUGCUCCAGACCACAGAGACCACCAUGACUGCAAAGAGGCUCUGAAGGAGGUAGCAGAGAUAACUGCUCAGCUGCAGAGCAGCCUCAUACGGCUGGAAAACUUCCAGAAGCUGACAGAACUCCAACGGGAUCUGAUCGGCAUUGAGAACCUCACUGCUCCAGGCAGGGAGUUCAUCAGGGAAGGGUGUCUCUACAAGCUCACCAAGAAAGGCCUGCAGCAGCGGAUGUUCUUCCUGUUUUCAGACAUGCUCCUGUACACAAGCAAAGGUGUCACGGCCACCAACCAGUUCAAAGUUCAUGGCCAGCUUCCCCUCCAUGGCAUGAUUCUCAUUGUGCUGGAUGCUCCGGUGGAGGAGAGUGAGAACGAGUGGUCAGUUCCCCACUGUUUCACCAUCUACUCUGCCCAGAGAACCAUUGUGGUGGCUGCCAGCUCUAAGGUGGAGAUGAAUAAGUGGAUCGAGGACCUGAACAUGGCGAUAGAUAUGUCGAAGAAGUCUCAGGAGAAGUCAGAUCUAUUUCUGGAUCCCAGCCUGUGUGACCGCUCCAACAGGUCGUCUGAUGAGGUGUCUUUGGAGCAGGAGUCAGAGGAUGAUGUAAACUCGUCCCGUUGCUCUCUGGACAAACAGAGCCACCACCGGGCCAACACCACCAUGCAUGUGUGCUGGCACCGUAACACCAGCGUCUCCAUGUCUGACCACAGCCUAGCAGUGGAGAACCAGCUGUCUGGCUACCUCCUAAGGAAGUUCAAGAACAGCAAUGGCUGGCAGAAGCUGUGGGUGGUCUUCACCAACUUCUGUCUGUUCUUCUAUAAAACGCAUCAGGAUGACUUCCCUCUGGCCAGCCUCCCACUGCUGGGUUACACAGUCAGUACUCCUGGGGAAUCAGACAGCAUUCAUAAAGAGUAUGUCUUCAAGCUGCAGUUCAAAUCCCAUGUUUAUUUCUUCAGGGCAGAAAGCGAGUAUACCUUUGAAAGAUGGAUGGAGGUGAUAAAAAGCGCGGCCAGUGCUGCAGGGCGGGUCAGUCUACUCAUCCCCAAAGGCCCAGGAGAGAUGAACGGGAACUGAAAAGGGAGGAGCGAAGGCUGACUUUCCUCCUGGAGCUGGGGGCUGGGCCCUGCAGACUGCCAGGACUAUAUGGCAUUAUUUUAUUUAAUCUUCUGUUUUACGACUCCCACUACCAUCAUCCUGGUUUUAUAUUGCUGACUCCUGAGAUCUUUGCAUAUCUCUGGAAUAGGAGGUGCCCAUUGUAACAUCUGAAGGAGACGAUCUAAGAACUCUAAGCAGCCUUCUUCUAUCUUUUUUAUUUUUUAUUUUUUUGCCUGAGGCUUUAACUCCUUUUUCAACAUUUAGUGACACCACGUUCUGCAUAGUUUUCUAGAACUGUAAUGAAACCACAUGUGGGUAUUAUUUUUGUAUUAAGGUUUAUGUGCUCCUCCUACCAUUUCUGUGGUUACAUUUCAGAAAAACUGCCAGACCUUCAUCUCAAAACAUGGGGCUUUCUCCAGCUUCGACACUACCAGACCGUGUUGUCUCCCAUUUUCAAUGAAUGAGAGCUCCUUGAAUGGACUGUGUUGUCGAAGCACAUGCUUGUUUUGAAUAAAAUCAAUGUCAAACUGGCUUUUUUAAAUGGGAGAACAGUUUCAGGACAUUGCUGGAAAGAAUAACAGACUGGAGAGAGGCUGAAUUAGGUCUUGGAUGGUAGAGUAAGUGGAAUGGGUGAUGCGGGCGCAGCUGCUUGUGCCUGUCUGGAAGACGCAAAACCACAGUAAUGUGGGCCAGAGGACACGUUGGCGGGAGCUUUGGACGUUGGUGCUUGUAAGACGAAACGACUUGGGAAUAUGCCCAUCACCCUCUUUAACCUUCAAGAAAAUCUUAUGAAGCAAGAGAGUGGUGGCAUCCAUUCAAGGGUGAUAGUAGAGGUGGUUGACAGAAUAGCAGGUUUUCAAGUUUGUUGUAGCCAUAGAAGUCUUUAUAGUGUAUAUGCGAUGGGCUUCGCUUUCUCUAAAGACCACAGUAAGAUGACCAUGGCAAUUCAGUGAAAUUAUCAUGUAACUGUUAACUCUACAUUUUCAAAAAUACCUAUUUGAUUAACAGCUACAUCUUACACUGCUUUAAUUUGUAAAUCUGAUACAUACUGAGAUUGUUUUAAUUAUCAAAGGAUCUAACAAAAUUGUAUUUUAGGAUUACCAAUAAUGCUUUAAUGCACAACUGUCAUCUCUUAAUUUUGGUAUGACCACGGUUAGAAAGGGAGAGAAGAACUUUAUUCAACCACCAGAGGGAGUCUGUUUCUAUGGUACGCACAGUCUAUUAAUGAAUGCAGGUUCUGCCACUUACUGCCUUUAGUCAGGAAGAGUAUACUUAACUUAAACUCUGGAUUCUUCAAUUUCCGAAUUCAGUUCUUACAAAACAUAUUUCUAGGUCAGUUGACCACUUUGACUUCUCCUGUACCCUGAUUCUGAAGACGGGUCAUGUGGGGCUUUUACUUUGUGCUAGAAUUCCUUCAUUAUUUGGGAGAUAAAACCAAAAAAGGUUGUUGUUAUUAUUAUCAGAAAAGGUCAACUGAUUCACUUUAUUCCCUUUAAUAGGUCAAAACAAGAUGUAUAUUUACAGAUUAUGCUAUAGCCUGUGUUACUAAAUCAUUUGUUAUUGCAAGGCCAGUUACUUUCUUUGAAUAUUUGGUGUUUCUCAUAUGGUGAAAGAAAAAAAAGCUCAGCGCUUUUGAGGUUUUGAUUAUAGCCAUGCUAUGUUUACUUAUAUGGGCUGGGCUUAACUGUAGCUUAACUAUAUUAUGUGGGAGAUUUGAUGUAUGACAUUAAAUGGAUCAUAGUCUGUGCUAGGCUGGUUCAUUGAAUAUGCUGUACUGGGUCCGACCAAAGACCUAAAAAAAAGUCUCACAUAAGACUGAAAACCUUGGCUGGGUUAUUUUGGCCAGGUAUUAAUCGAUACUAUAUGUAUACUCUUCAAAAUGUAAGCAGAUACUACACACAUCAGCCCUGAACUACCGUACUGGGAUGCUCACUGUCUGGGCAUGUGGUCUCUUCAUUCAUUUUAAACAAUUCUUACAAAGACUGGAAUUUAUGUUUGACGCUUUUCUUCUAUUUCUUUGUCUGUUCCUCCGAGACUUAAACAAGGGAGCUUUUCCAAAGCUCAAAGUCACUUCUGUCCUUCAGGGGAAAUCUGGAUGAUGAGGGUACACUCCGAAGUCCACUCCUCUUACUGUAUUCCACUUGUUUUAUUUAUUGUGUAGCAUGUUGCUGGAGCUAUGCUCCUGUACACCAUUCAUGUAGUUAAUUCCAUGUCAUUACUUUGAAAUGAUAACAAAUAAAAUGGAACAGGUAUUAGUGGUGUUCUCAGCUUGAAA